AUGACAAGGGUGCUGCGAGGCGCGUCGGCGCAGGCCAGGCGCGCUCCCAGUCGGGCCGCCCAAAGGAAGGUCCGAAAGCACAAAGUCAUCCUGGAGUCGGUGACUCGGGAAAAGAGAAAGCUUCUCAGUGUGAUCUCAUUCGAAGCCAAAGCACCCCGAGGCUACACCUUCAUUCCUGCGGGCAACCCGCAUCUCACCACGGCCUGUAAGGAACGAUGUCGAAAAGAGGGCCUCAAAGUCCUGGCGGUCACGACCACCCCCCAUCACAACACCCACGGCUUGUCACAGCAUGUCCACCGGAUAGGAUACCAUUUCCCGAGCAGUGUUGUUGCGACCGCCUGUCUAGAACUGGGAAUGCAUCUUACAAGGUCCGGCAAGGUGUUUCCGUUGCAAACAAUGGGUAAGGCGAAAGACCGCAAGCGAGCUGACUCUGAGGUUUCUGUUUCUCAAAUAACUCUCAAUACCGAGGCACGAGAUGUUCUAAAAGAUCUUUUCCCCAACAUCCCGGCCAACGAUCUCAACCAGAUCAUCAAAACCGCGUUUCAAAAGGGUCAAGGCAAAGUAGGAACGGCAGCCGAAUUGCCUCUGGCUCGCAGAGCCCAACUCGCCGUAGUUGCGCACAUUCGACACCUUUACACCGCUUACGAUUCCCUCCUGAAGACUACGUCGUUUCAAGAGGCUCGAACCUCCGUGGAACAACCUACUCUAGCCAAGCUUGUGGAAUGGCGCGGGGACGAUGAGAAUGGUCGGACCGUCCUGGAGGAUGUUUUCCGCGAGGUAAUCGUCAUCUCAGAUGACGAAGACAGUGAAAUGGAGGAAGAGGCUUCUCGUCGACCCGGUAAUCGGGACUACAGUGUGGAAAUCCUUUCCAGCGAUGCUCGGAUCCACGAGAUUCUCCCCCGGCCCGCUUCCGCUGCAAAACCCACCUUGGAUCCUUUGCGGGAACUGUCAGAUGAGGAAGCACCCCCUGGUUUCCGGUUUGUUACAAGGGUACCGGCAAAGACUGCCAUCGACCGUCGAGGCUUUAGUAGAUACAAGGCAUGGGACUGUGCCCUCAACCGCUAUCGAGCCGGGGCACGUAGUACUGAACAGGUCAGAAUGGCUCCAGCCGAGCAUCGGACACGGCUAUAUGACACUCAGCAAGUUACUUCCCAGGAAACAGCAGGUCCUACUAGGCACCGGGAGGCUGCCAAAGCUUCUCCCAGGAUUAUUCUAGAUCCAGGUCCCGUUCACAGCCGAGCACAGGGACUGCCACCUGUUCCAGCCAUGGACCGGCAGACACGGGAAAAUCGUGUGAGUGCUCAGAAGGUAUACACCUCUAUGGACGUUCAACGAAAUCCCUCAAACUACGGGUUCCCAGGAAAGGGGAAUGCACUAACUCACAAGAAUACCCACAAAUCUCAUAACUUGGAUGAGAUUGCCCGCCAUUACUUGUCAAAUGACAUUGCCUCGGAAAGGGCUCCAGUUUCUCGACCAGAGAGAUUGCCACAUCAGUCGGAUGACAGAUCGAAUGCACCCGUAUUUGUGAGCGGUCCCAGUGAACAGCACCAGGGUAGCGAGAUCCAAACUCGCCUUCGGCCACAGUCUGCCAAUUUCCAUCGUGCAAGACCCGCCUUAAAUCCCCAGAACUGUGUGCUGCCCUCGAUUGAAACUCCUUGGCCCCUAGAAACCAGGCGCAGUGAUGGCCGACUGGACGCUCUGACGAAGAGGAUGUCUGGUGUUUUAUCCCUUCGUUCAGAAACACCGUCCCGUUCCCACGGACAAGGUUUCCAUCAGGACAACCUUGUUGCAUUAGAUGAUAACAGUGAUCAAAUCUCCAAAAGAAGGCGCUUGGCGCAUCAUGGUGUCGUCCCUCACAAUGGCCCACGUCCGGAGCCUCGAAAUGCGAGACCCGUUGGACCCCCUAUUUCUGAAAGACUUCCCGGGGAUCAAUAUCGUCAGGUUGAAGCCAUCCCUGUACAGGAUGGGCUUCAGAUGCGCCAAGAUCACCCGCCAGUGAAGCAGACUCAUGCUGUAAGACACUUGUCAGAGAGGAAUCUGGAUCCUUAUGCUCUACGAGUCAAUCCAGAUGCCGGGCCGACGCUGGAGCGGAAGCGUCUCAAUGAUCCACAAUAUAUCUCCGUCCAUCACCCCCAGCCUGGUCACUUUGUGCCCGGAGACGGUCACCCUAUCAGGGCUGCCCCGGAGGCUGGCGCACGCCAUGCUUACUUUGCUGAUCGUAGUCCCCAUCUGGGCCAUGUCUCUGUUGUUGAACAGCCGUGGAUCUCCUCAUACCGAAGCCACAUUGAUGACGCGCUCCCUGUGCGCAAUGACAAACCCCCAAACAGACACAUCUAUGCAGAAGACUUUGUCCGCCCCGUUGAUAUCCGUGACCCGGAUCCGUUUGAAUAUGUUGGGCGCCGUCCAGGACAUGAAACCAGUGGUCAGCAUGACCGUGCUAGGGCCCCUGCCUAUGAUGCAAACGAUCCACCCCAAACCCGGGUUGUUUCUGAUCCACAUGGCCGAGUAUCCAUGGGUUCUCGGGUGGUACGCAGUGCCCAUGAUCCUACCAUCCUUCAUCCAGUGACAACUGCUGCGGGUCAGCCUCCCCCAGGGUAUCAUGAACGACGACUUGGCGUCACUUCUGCCCGGCGCUUCCAUGAUCCUCAUCGCUCUUCCCAGGUCCUGGAGCAUGAUCGCCCUGUCUAUGUCCAGCGUGUCGAACCGCAUACUCCCACCUACUCUGUUCCCGAUGGAAGAUCCGUUGUGAUCGUGGAUUGA